CAGCAUUGGUCCAAACGUGGAUUAAAAAGCCAAAAUCCAGAGAUGAAGUGAGAGUGACUGCACUUAACAUCAAGGCAGCACAACUGAGUGUGACAUCAAGAAGCUCUGGUAAAAUUGAAGUCGAUGGCUGGCAUGGUGAAAGCAGGAGACAGAAAAGAGUGCAGAUGCUGGCAUCAGGAGCAACAAACAAACUGCUGGAGAAACUCAGUGGGUCGAGCAGUAUCUGUGGAGGGAAAUGGACUGUCGAUGUUUCAGUGGUUUUGGGACGACAUCUCUACAGCAGAUGAUGUGGAGAAACUGACUGCCCUGAAGUUUCGAGGAGACCUAGCAUUUAAGCGGCAGGAUUAUCAGAAAGCACUGUGUGAAUACACCAGUAGCUUGGCUCUUGUUCCAGACACAAAUAUAGCUCUUAGAAGAGACCUACAGGAGGCUCGAGCUCGAUGUCUGAGCUACCUUGGCAGAGAAGAAGAUGCCUUACAUAUAGCACAAAAAUUGAGAACAGAGGUAACGAACACAGACCACCUCACCACUGUUCUAAAUCUCAACAUUCAAAUUUACCGGAAUGCUGGAAAUCUGACUCAGGAGAUUUGCUGUUUACAACAGUUAAUUUCCUUGCAUCCUCUCAACCCAUGGUACUGGAAGAAACUAGCUGAAGCCUACCUAGGUCUUGUUCAAGCCUUAUCAUCUCCAACAGUACCGUCUGUCCCAGACUGCAAGGACGGGCACUGCCUCAGAACAUCACUGCAGCCAGCGAGACAGGCAGAAUCAUCUAAAACUGGACCUGACUGUGCACAGCUUCAAAACGUGAACAAAAGAUCUUCUAUGUCGGUGGUUUGUGAAAGGCAGUCCAUUUGCCCCGCACAUGUGUCCACAGAAGAGAAUUCAGUUCUGAUGUUGACAGGCAGUAGAAAGGCACCAGGGAAUGUUUCGUCUUCCUAUUCAACCUUUGGCAUUAACCUAGAAACCGAGUCCAAAAUUGGAGGAGAGCUGAGGGAUCAGUGGUUAUUUGCAUGUUCGUCCUUUGUAAGAGCAAGACAAUGGGCAAGGAUCUUUUUCCAGAAAGGAUUAAGAAUGGUGCUGAGGCUGAAAGGUGUGCUGCUCCUCCCAAUUCAUCUGCUCUGGUCAACCUUGCCAUCGGGUCAGGCUCAGACUUCGAGGAAAGGUGGUUUAAGAAACCCAACUGCAAAUCCAUACCACAAGCACAGUAGGGUGGGGAGGAGAAAGAAGAACUUUGAAUAUUGCAAAUGUGGCUUGAUCAUUGCCAAGAAGACUGGAAGCAAUCUGUGUUUAUCGUGGACAAUUAAAGAACUAUGUUGCUUUGAGUAAGUUGAGCGAAAUGCAGAGCUUGGCCAGUGUGGUGAAGUACAAAACAAAAAAACACUCUUGUGGUGGAUUGAUCACGUAUUACACAAUCUUGCUGAAGCAACUGGCUCCCACAGACUUCAGAAGUGGUGAAAGAGAAAAACAGAUUUGUACUUUACCUCUGCAGAGUUCAUUGAUAUAACACGCUAUGUUCACUUAAGUUUGUUACUAUAAGAUCACUAAUAUAACUCAAAAGCCAGCAGUGUGAAGAGUGAUGAUCUUAUACAGUGAUUUCAACUUAUGUAUUUAAGAUAUUCUGACAUCAUGAUUUUCUCCCCACAGUUUUGUUUUUAUUUUAUCCAUAUUUUUCUUUAAAUGGUGGAAAUAGGCAGGGGGAAUAAUUAAAGCUUUUUUUUACAUUUUCUACUAAACUUAUUGUUGAGUUGAUUGUAAAUACGUCACCUUGCUGUACACACAAAU